AUGGAUCUGGGCUGCCCGCGUCAACAAAAUAAGAUGGAGGAGAAUCCCAGAUCUCUUGUGUUUUGCACUAAGCUGACAGAAGCUGGAAUCCCUCAGGACGUCAUUACGGGCAUCUUCUCCAACAUCUCCUCCAUCUACUGCUUCCACGACCAGUUCCUCCUCCCUGAGCUCAAGACUCGCAUCACCGGAGAGUGGGACUCAAACCCGCGCAUCGGGGACAUUCUCCAGAAGCUGGCUCCGUUCAUGAAGAUGUACGGUGAAUAUGUGAAGAACUUUGACCGGGCCAUGGACCUGGUCAACACCUGGACUCAGCGCUCAUCCCAGUUCAAGAGCGUGGUGCAAAACAUACAGAAGCAGGAGGUGUGUGGGAACCUGACGCUGCAGCACCACAUGCUGGAGCCGGUGCAGAGGAUCCCGCGCUACGAGCUGCUGCUCAAAGACUAUCUGAAGAAACUGCCGCCGGACGCUCUGGACCGCAAGGACGCCGAGAAGGCUCUCGAGCUCAUCUCCACUGCUGCUAACCACUCCAACGCAGCAAUCAGGAAAAUGGAGAAAAUGCACAAACUGCUGGAGGUGUACGAGCGCCUGGGGGGGGAGGAGGACAUCGUGAACCCGGCCAACGAGCUCAUCAAGGAGGGUCAUAUCAAGAAGAUGUCUGCGAAGAACGGGACCGCCCAGGACCGAUACCUCUAUGUGUUCAACAACAUGGUUCUGUACUGCGUUCCCAAGCUGCGGCUCAUGGGCCAGAAGUUCAGUGUCCGUGAGAGAAUUGACAUCGCAGGGAUGGAGGUGCAGGAGAACGUGAAGCAGAACGUCCCGCACACUUUCGCCAUCAUCGGCAAACAGCGCUCCCUGGAGCUGCAGGCCAGGACGGCUGAGGAAAAGGAAGACUGGAUCCAGGUGAUCCGGGCCACUAUCGAGCGCCACAAACAAAACAGUGAAACGUUCAACAAGGCCUUCAACAGCUCCUUCUCCAGAGAGGACGACCACAUGCCCGACUCACCGGGCCCAUGGAACACGUUGAUGGACUCAGAGGGAGGCGUGCACGAGAGAAAAAGUUCAAAGAAAAAGGAGAAAGAGAAGCAGACGUGUAAAGGUUGCGGCGAAAGCUUCAACUUCACCAAACGCAAACACCACUGCAAGUCCUGUGGAGGGGCCAUCUGUGCUAAGUGCUCCCGGAGUCUGGACAACAAGACGAGUCGUGUGUGUCCUGAGUGUUACGAAGCCAGCCUCAGCCUGGAGACUCUGAGCGCCUCUUUAGAGCUGACUCGCAGAGGUUCAGAGAGGCAGACGUCUCUGACCCUGGAGAACUGUGUGCUGUGUGGUCAGCUGCAGCUGCAGGACAAAGGAAAGAGCUGGACUAAAGUCUGGGCAGCAGUGACCAAAGCAGAGCCACUAGUGCUGUUGCUGCAGAGCAGCGGACAGGAGUCCAGAGGCGCACGGACCGUCCCUCUCCUCGGCUUUGACAUCAGCGUGGCUUCUCCGUCGUCGGGGGACAAAUCCGAAGUGAAACACGCUCUUCGCCUCACGCACACUCAACAGACUCUGCUGCUCGGCUUCCCGGAGGCUGAGCUACAGGCCAAGUGGGCGGAGCUUCUGUCCCGGGCCGCACGAGGAGAACCCCCCCUGGACUCGCCCCCCACAGACCUGACUGAACACAGGAAAAGCCAGUAG